AUGUCCCUCAGCACAUCUACCGUCAUCUUCAAAGAGUUCAAUAAGGACACCUCCAUAUGUUCUGCAUGGCUUCCAGGAAAGGACCGCUGUUGCGGAAAAAGAAUUGUCGCUGCAGAUCAGGAGAGGAAAGAAAUGCUGCUUCAAUCGAUUGCGCGUGGCCGAAUGUACCAUGGCGACAAGGCAGAUGAGCUGGCAGGCCUCUACUUCUGUAACGGGUGGCACCGCGCGGGAGGAAAACACGCUAUUUCGAGCUCACAAACACGCAAGCUUCGACUGAGUCCUUUUCCAGGCACCCCGGAGCCUAGGGCAAACGAUCUUCCACCUACAAGACAGCUGGAGACACCAGUUUCGUCUCCCACGAGCGUGACUCGAGAAUCUACAUACCUAUUGGGCGAAGACGGACUUCUGUCGUCUAUCGCUCAAUCCGCUGUACAAUUCCCUUUGCACGGGCUAUCCGAAUCCCCAGAGGCAGAAGGAUUCUCCAUCUCCGUCGCACAACCGGCUGUGCGCCCUUCCCAGGAUGAUAUCUCCGAAUUAGCAGAGGCGGAGUGGCUAUCCUUUUCCAUCGCAAAUCUAACAAUGGGACCCCCCGGGCUCGAUAUGUCCACAUUCUCUGUACCGCAGCAUCGACAAACCACUACCGCUCCCGCACCAAAUCUCGAAAUACCUUUCCGAGUAUUCCCAGACGGCCGAGAGACAAGUUCUGCAGUUCAUUCUCAAGAAAACACUCAAUCGGAACCCACCCAAUCAGAACACCCACUCGUCCCGCCCGCUCUUGACGAGCAUAGAAAGGACAAGCCAGUCAAGCUAGACGAGAGCUGCCAGGUUUGUUUACUAGCACUCGCGGAUCCUAUCAAGGUCGCCAGGUGCAAGUUUUGCCAUAUAGAUCUACAUUUAGUUUGCAUGGCGGAAUGGCUCACCGCACCAGGAAGCAGUAUGAUGUGUACCCAUUGUCGCCACAAUCUCGAGGAUGACGAAAUAACCUCGCUGAUCGAGUCGGUUGAUGAUCCUAUUGAGGCAGAGAGAUUUCGGCAACAAUACCGACUGAAAACCGGUAGACAUGAACCACCGCCAUCUAUUCAAGAGAGUAGAAGGGACAGAUCGGUUGAUGUUGACGAAGAAUGUCCGGUUUGUAAUCUGACCUUGGAAGACCCUGACAAGGUCCGUCGAUGCAGGGUUUGCGACAACGAUGUGCACUUGAACUGUUUACUUAAAUGGCUCACCUCAUCAAAUACUGUCGAGCGUUGUCUUUUUUGUCGGUGUGAUGUUGACGACGAUGACUUGAAAGCGUUGGUUGAAUCGGUUAGCAAUCCUUUGGAGAAGGAGGAGUUUAGGUGGCAGGCGGCCCCUGUGGCUAGAAGACUUUGA